CAAGAAAGAGGGUACAAAUCUGACUCGAGUCAUGCGGAUACCAAGUUGUGCAUAUUUAAUUAUAACCGUUAAAAUCAAACUAAUAUUCUAUAGAAUAAAAAUAUGAAAGUCUCAUCCCAUACCCAAGAAUAUGGAGUAAAGAGGCGACCACUGGCCAUCACGUGUGGAUUCUCUAGAGACGCAUAUUCUCUUUUAUAAAGAGAUAGAGUGUGCACAGGCCUGAGUGUGCAGGUAUUAGCUUUGGAGAAAUAAAAAGUGGAAGUAGAGAUGUUGAAGCUUUUGCAUCUGUUCAUAACUUCAUCAAAACCAGUGGUGGAGAUUCUGCUGAUAACAUCAGUUGGACUUUAUAUGGCUCUGGAUGGAGUCAAUCUUCUUGGUCCAGAUGCUCGCAAAUAUUUGAACGACAUUGUCUUUUAUGUGUUUAAUCCAUCGCUUGUUGGAAGCCGUUUAGCUGAUAGUGUUACAUAUGACAGCUUGGUGAAAAUGUGGUUCAUGCCGAUUAAUCUUCUGCUCACAUUCAUCAUUGGUUCGUUAUUAGGCUGGAUUGUUAUUCUCAUCACUAAGCCUCCAUCCAAUCUUCGUGGUCUCAUUGUUGGUUGUUGUGCUGCUGGUAACUUGGGAAACAUGCCAUUAAUCAUAAUCCCAGCUGUUUGUAAAGAUAAAGGAGGUCCAUUUGGAGAUCCUGAGAACUGCAACAAGUAUGGAAUGGGUUAUGUUGCACUCUCCAUGGCGAUGGGAUCAGUUUACAUUUGGACUUACGUUUACAAUAUUAUGCGUGUGCUAUCAAACUCUGUCAUUGAAACCCAACCUUCUAUUGAAUCCAACUGCAAAGUCCCCCUGAUCUCUUCCAGAGAAGAAGAAGAAGAUAACCAUAAGGUUGGGAGGUGGGACAGAUUCAAGAGAAGAAUGGUUUCACUGUCAGAGAAAGUCAACUUAAGUACAAUAUUUGCUCCAACAACUAUUGCUGCGAUAAUCGCGCUUGUGAUUGGUCUCAUUAAUCCUGUAAGGGAGCUAAUAAUCGGCAACGUAGCUCCUCUUGGAGUGCUUCAAGACUCAGUUACUCUAGUGGGAGAUGGAGCCAUUCCUGCUACGACCCUGAUCAUUGGAGGAAACCUACUCAAAGGUAUGAGGAGUUCAGGAAUGAAAAGAUCCAGCAUUGUUGGCGUCUUGGUUGCACGUUACAUUCUCCUGCCUAUAAGUGGUGUUUUAAUCGUUAGAGGAGCAUACAAGUUGGAUUUGAUUACCUCAGAACCGUUGUACCAGUUUGUUCUGCUCAUUCAGUAUGCUGUCCCACCAGCAAUGAGUCUAGGUACGAUAACUCAGUUAUUUGGAGCUGGGGAAAGUGAAUGCUCAGUGAUUAUGCUAUGGGCUUAUGGUUUGGCUUCGGUUUCACUCACUGCUUGGCCUACAUUUUUCAUGUGGCUUGUGGCUUAAGUCCCCACAGUUGCUAUGUGUAUGUUUUUUUCCAUUUAUUUAACAUUUGAAUUUCCAUCAUGUAUUAUUGAAGACCAUGAUUAUAGAAUAGAUAUAUGCUAAAGGUAAGAGGGUUCAUAGUGCGAGAAGCACACUA